AUGGAAAAUAAAUCAAAUGCAAAUAUAGAAAAGAAAAUCGUGAAUAGAACUAAGUCUUACAAUAAUGGACCUCCUGGGAAUCACAAAUUUGGACCUUCUAGAGGUAAAUCUUUAAACAUUGGUGGACCUGUGAGAUCUUUAGAAAUUGCGUUAGAUCAAUUUAAGAAAGACAAGGUGAUUAACGGCGAUUUUUCAACGCUAACUGCGAAUAAAAAUCCAGCGGGACAGAGUAGGGUCACACCAGACUUGCUUUUGAGCAGUGUAAAAUCGAGUAAUUUCAGCAAUAGCACCGAUAACGUUUCCCAACUAUCAAUGGACCUUUCCCAUUAUGAAUUACUAAGGAACUUAUCUUAUUCCAACUGCAAUUCUGAUGGAGCAUUCAGUGGCAAUACAUGUGAUUCUAACACUGCUGAUCUGAAAGAAAAAGAUGAACAUUUGGAACGAUAUUUCCGAAGCGUUGAAAUGUGGUCGAGUAAUGCCGUAUACGGUGACCAAAGCGGUGUUGACUCAAAAAUGUUUGAAAGGUAA